UUUCUUUCUCACCCCUGGGUAACGCAAGAUAGGUGUUUAUGAUAGGUUGGGUUAAAGUUUAAUGAUUUUGUCAUAGUUACAUAUUGAGAACCACAGCGAGCCUUCACCUAUUACUGCACACAGUGAGCAGUGUGCUGCUGAAGCCUCAGGAGAAAUCAAGAUUGUAAGUAAAGGAUUUAUUGUACCUGAGCUGUCAAAAUGGCAAAGAAGACAAUCAUUCUGGCCCUGGCAAUGCUACUGUUGGCAUCUGUCGCUACUUUUGUUGGUGUUUUUUUCGGCAUUGGGCAAAGAAAGCAACCGCAUGUGUACCCGAGGGCAGCAGUGGCAGCAGAUGCUGGGCCGUGCUCAGAGGUUGGCAGAGACAUACUGAAGAAUAAUGGGUCUGCAGUUGAUGCUUCUAUAGCUGCUUUACUGUGUGUCGGACUUAUGAACGCUCACAGUAUGGGCAUCGGUGGAGGACUUUUCUUCACCAUCUUUGAUGCAAAAACAGGGAAGGUUGAGACAAUUGAUGCCAGAGAGACAGCACCACGCAAUGCAACAGAAAACAUGUUUGGGAGCAGUGAAGAUUUAUCCCAGAAAGGAGGGUUGUCUAUUGCAGUGCCAGGGGAGAUCCGAGGAUAUGAGCUGGCACACCGACGACAUGGUAAACUUCCUUGGAAGGACUUGUUUCAGCCAAGCAUUGAAAUUGCAGAGAAAGGUUUCCCAUUGGGCCGGGCUCUUGCUUCAGCUCUGGAAAGUCACAAGAAAACAAUCAUUAAAGAUGCAGCCCUGUGUGAAGUGUUUUGUGGGAAAAAUGGUGACGUCCUUAAAGAAAAUGAUCACAUCAAAUUUACCAAGCUGGCAGCGACCUACAGGAAGAUAGCCGAGGAGGGUCCCAACGCGUUCUACCAGGGGGAGCUGGCUCAGAACCUUGUUGCUGAUAUCAAAGCUGCAGGCGGUAUCAUCACAAUGGAGGAUCUGAAGGAUUAUGUGCCUGUCUUGGAUGAGAAGCCUCUAAGGGUGAAUGUGGGGGAGUACACCAUGGCUGUUCCCAAUGCCCCCGCUAGCGGCCCUGUGCUCUCGCUGAUAUUAAACAUCUUGAAUGGGUACAACUUAACAGCAGAUAGUGUGUCUAGCACCGAGAAGAAGAUUCUCACCAACCAUCGCAUCGUGGAGGCUUUUCGCUUUGCUUAUGCAAAGAGGACCCUACUUGGAGAUCCAAAGUUCCUCAACAUCACAGAUCUCAUCCAUAACAUGACCUCAAGUUAUUACGCCGAUGAGCUCCGUAGAAAGAUCACAGACGAAACCACUCAUCACAUGAACUACUAUGAGCCAGAGUACUACCUGCCUGAAAACUACGGGACCGCUCACCUGUCUGUAGUAGCCGAAGAUGGAAGCGCUGUGGCCGCCACAAGCACCAUCAACCAAUAUUUGGGCUCCAAAGUCAUGUCAAGAUCAACGGGAAUUAUUCUCAACAACGAGAUGGACGACUUCAGCUCGCCAAACAUCACAAACGGCUUUGGAGUGCCUCCUUCACCCAACAACUUCAUCAGGCCAGGUAAAAGGCCGUUGUCUUCUAUGUGUCCGACCAUCCUCUUUGACAAAAACAACAAAGUGAAGAUGGUUGUUGGAGGCUCAGGAGGAACAAAAAUUACUACUUCUAUUGCUCAGGUGAUACUAAGAGCACUUUUCUUCGACUACAAUGUGGAAAAAGCCGUGUCAGAUCCAAGGCUCCACAAUCAGCUGAGCCCUAACAUGACUGUAGCAGAGCCGGACUUUGAUCAAACUGUUCUGGAUGGUUUGGCAUCAAAGAACCACGAGACAGAGUAUCUCAAAUCGACGGGGGCUGUGGUGCAGGCGGUGGUUCGCCACGAUGACGGUCUCCACGCUCAGUCAGAUCCUCGCAAGGGAGGGUACGGCGCAGGAUACUGAGGCUGUAAAUACAGCGUGGAUUACACCUAGAGACUUAAGCUGUGUGAACCAUGAAACUGUAAAUACAAGCUGUGAAGAAAGAGACCUAAUGAUGGAGGAACUAAGAGCCAAAGCGGUCAUUGGCAGUUCUCUCAUGAAGUUUGAAUAAUGUUCAUGUAUUUCACAAAAAGUAACCUGGAAACACAGCACUGAUGCAUGACUCCUUGUGACUGUAAAAGAAAAGUGAUUUUAUUUGAAAGAACUGAAUAUUUACGCUAUGAAACAGCUACUAUAUAUCACACCAGUGUAGUUGAAAUGACAGGUAGAACAUUGGUUUAAGUUAAUUUUGGCACCCCUGCAGACAAACUGGUGGGUCAUUUCUUAAAUGAGGAAACGCUGUCAUAAAUACACAGCCUAUAUAAAGUAUUCACCCCCUUGGAUGUUUUACCCUUUUAUUAAUUUUAUAAAUCAAUCAUGGUCAAUACAAUUUGUCUUUUUGACAAAAAAAUCUGUAACUUUACAGUGAAAAUAGAUUUCUACAAAGUAAUGUGGCCUUCCAAAGCCAGCUGCCAAGAAGCACCCCCACAGCAUGAUGCUGGCACCACCAUGUUUCUCAGUGGGGAUGAAGUGUUUGUGGUGAUGUGCAGUGCUUGGUGUCCGCCACACAGAGUGUAUUGUCUGAUUCUGGCUUCAUCACACCAAAGAACUUUCUCCCACAUGCCUUUCAGUGAAUUCUAGUCGAGACUUAGUGUGAGUUUUCUUCAACAGUGACUUUCUCUUUGCCAUCUCUCCCAUACAGCUUUGACUGACGAAGAACCCUGGCAACAGUUGUUAAAUGCAAAGUCUCUACCAUCUCAGGUGUUGAAGCUUGGAACUCCCUCAGAGUAGUCAUGUGUCUUGGUGGCCUCUCUCACUAGUCUCCUUGUUGUACGGUCACUCAGUUUGUGAGGACGGCCUGAUCCAGGCAGAUUUACACAUGUGCAAUAUUCCUUCCAUUUCUUGAUGAUGGGUUUUACUGAACUCUGCAAGAUUUUCAGUGUCUCAGUGUUUUUAUUUUGUAUUCUUCCCCUGACUUAUAAUUUUCAACAACCUUUUCUCUGAGUUUCUUGGAGUGUUUCUUUUGUUCAUGGUGUAAUGGUAGCCAGGAAUACUGAUUACCCA